AUGUGGAAGGACAAGGGCAAGGCCUUUGGCCUCCGUGCUGCACCGUUUGUUCGCCCUGUGAAACAGGCUGGCCUCGGCCCUCUCUGGCCUGAUCCAACAUGGGUCUCCUUCUCCUUGGCUCACACUCUGACAACCGCGCCUCCUGCAAGCACCCGGGCCCUCGUGCCUCAGCUCGCCCCUUCUGCAAAUCCUGCGAUCCUCGAGGAAGGACGAGCCGAGGCACGAAGGCGGACGGAGAGGGACCCAGGAGAGGUGGGAGGCGGCGGUCUGUUCCGAGGGGCAUCCGAAGGCAAACGCUUAGGAGACCUGGCCAGCUUCCGGCGCCAGCUGCUUCUGCAAUGUUUCUUUGCGCGCUUUAGGUCUGGCCGCCUCUGCCUCCAAGAAACGCUGAGAGUCCCCGCGGAAUCUUCGCGCCCGGACCCCUUCCCAGAUUCCAUCCCUGGGAUCAGAGUAAGUUUUGCGCAUCUUCGAGAAGUUUGCGGGCCGGCCAUGGCUUCGGCGCCCGCGCUGCCCCCUUUCCAGUUCCGUGCCCGGCACGAGAGCCCGGACUGGCGGCGGCUGAGCGCGGUGGACGCGGGGCGGGUGGCGGCCGAGCUGGACGUGGCGGCGCUGCAGGAGCACCUGGAGCACGUCACCUUCUGCAGCGCCGAGCGGGAGCGCUGCCCGCACUGCCAGGCCCCCGCCGACCCGCUCCUGCUGCGGCUCUUCCGCCUGGCCCAGCUCUGCCUCGAGUACCUCCUCCACUCGCAGGACUACCUCAGCGGCCAGCUGCGCGCCCUCCACGCCCACCUGCGCGACGCCGACGCCCACCGCGCCCGGCUGGCCGACGACCUGGCCGCCAAGGAGCAGCUCCUGCGCGCCCUCAAGGACGAGUGCAAGCGCCGCCGCAGGAUGAUCGGCACCCAGCAGAUGAUGCUCCAGACCGCCGCUGCCGCCUGCCACCAGUGUCAGUUCUGUGAAAAAAGUUUUAUGAACUAUUCCUUCCUGCACAAUCAUUUGCAGCGUCGCCACGCCGAGGAAUCACUCAGUGCAGAUCAGAAGAAGAAAGAACAGACAGAUAAACUGCAGGAGGAGAUUGACAAGCUGAAGGAUCAGUUGCAGCUCACCAGGUCUCAGUUAGAAGCUGAGCAGCACACUCACAUGGUCAAAUUGGCUAAGGAAUAUGAGGAACACAGGUCCAAAGAGGAGGAGAUUCGGCACUUGUUUCACAAAUGGAAAGAAGAGGAAAAAGAAAAACUGGCCACUGAGUUAGAGAAAGUGAAAGAGAUGUUUAUGAAGGAGUUUAAAGAGCUAACUACAAAGAAUACAGAAUUAGAAAAUCAUCUGGUAGAAUUACAGAAGUCCAACAAACACUUGAAAUCUAAUUUAGGCACGUUAAAAGACAGCUUUGAAUUUCCAGAAGAGAAACCUCGGAACGUUGCAGAAGACCAGAGUGUAAUUCAGCUUCUUGAAAAACAGGAAAGUAAGUGGGCUUCUAAAGUACAGACUCUUCAAGAAGAACAUGAAAAUGAAAAACAUCAGCUUCUGUCCCAAAUUGAGAAGCUCAAGACGACGAUGACCGAGGACCUAAACACAAGCAACGCCUUCUAUAAGAAGAGGAUAGAAGAACUGGGGCAGAGGCUUCAAGAACAGAAUGAUCUUAUUAUUGCACAGAAGCACCAGAUACAGAAAUUGGCUACGAGGUCAGUCGAAAGCAUCAAGCUGUCUGACACAAAAGCUUCAGGACAGAAUGUUGCCCCGCCUAAAUCAAGCCUGUCAUCUGUGCCUGAACAGGCCCUUUUGGUGCACAUGCUGGAGCCCAUAGAGGAGCUUCCAGAGGAUGAAAAAGAAACGGAGAAAAGUGAGACCAGAGUAGGGAAGAAUAAGCAUCAUAUUAUAAGCACUUUGAAGAAUAACCCUUCUUUAACAAAAGAGUUGAGAGCAGUAUUGGAGCAGACUCUGACAGAGAAGUUGGAAUCCUUGGGAAUUAAAUCAGGAGUUCGUGGUAUCCCCAGUGAUCAUUUGACCAGAGUGUUAAUGUCUGUCGAAUCUGCUCGGGAAGAGAGAAAGAAAGAAGUCCCCGACAUUCAGCACAUCCGAGAGCAGCUGGAACGGCAAAUGAACGUCAGAGUUGCAGAAAAAGCAUCUUGCAUUCGGCAUUUUUCCAGCCCUCUUCUGUCUUCAGAAGUGAGGCAGAAGGCCCAUCGUAUAGGAGGCUCGUUAUCUACCGUGUUACCCAAACCAGCAAAGCGCUCAUUUGUCAAGCGCCCAACUGGACGAAGAACGAUGGCUGUUGAAAAAACAUCUACACCAAAAACCAAGGAGAGUGUUUUGGGGGAUAACGUUCCCAGAAAGUCGCUUAGUAUUACAACCCCACCAUUUAGCUCAGAGGAUGAAGUGGACGACAACGACAUCAUGCAGUCCUACAUCUCACCCGAAUUAUCGCAGCCCCGACCCUCCGUGAGCGGUAGCAAGAACGCCUUGGCCAGAGCAGCAAGCCAGAGUGACGGGAACUCCCUGGAAGAAGACGAGGUGGAAGAAAUCAAGGGGAAUCUGAAGCCUUCGCAAGGUGUGCCCAUUCAGAAGGGGACCGAACAAGUGGAGAAGACUUCUCUGUGCCAAAGAAAAGAAAGCCAGUCUUCCGGAGGAAUUAACGUUGCCCUGUCAUUUGUUCAGAAGAACGCUCAGGGAGUGAAGUUCACAGGAGUCAUGGAAGAGGAUGAGGACGACUGGGAUUUGUCCUCUCUGGAAGAGGAGACCUCUUUGCCAGCCAAAGAUGCGAAAGUCAGAAAUGGAGCUGCCACUAAGAAGGAUGAUACAAACACCACAUCCGCGGUCCAGCCUGUGGGGAAACUUACCAAGACAGAACGUCUUCAAGAUGCAGAUAGCACACUGAAAAGCAGCUUAGUCACGGUCACAGACUGGAGCGACUCUUCAGAUAUCUGACUGUCCAUCUUUGGAAUGCGAUCUUAUCUAUAACGAACUGAUUUCUGUUGACUUUUCAUGUGCGCUAACAAGGGACUUUUGCUUACAAACCUCAGACAUCUUUAAUUUCUUUCUGAAUGUGCAACGCUGGUUAAAUACCUCUAGCUGGUUCUCCACUUUCAGGAAGGCAGUAUUCAUCAAUAAAACAGUAUUACCCGAUCCAGUAUUUUAAGUAAUCGAAAACAAAAUAAAGCAACUUUAUACUGAACUUCAUAUAAAAG